CUUUCUGCACCCGUGCUGCCAAGUGCCAGCCACUACUGCAAACUGCACCCACCAAACACGUCCACUACGUACGUACCACUACCCCCGCCGUCUUCUCCUUCUCCACUGCGACUAACAACCAUACCCCAGCUUCUCUCACUCUCUCUUCCCCUACACCAAUUCAAGAUAAGAGAGCCACCGAUCGAUCGACGUCCGGCCAGGCGUCGACGGUGGUGCCGGCCCCGGCCUCAUGGGGGCGCCGGCGACCGCCGCCAGCGGCGGCGGCGACGACGACGACAGAGACGUCGUGUUCGAGUACCUCCUUUGCACGGAGGAGGACGCCGCCUCGGCCGGGUCCUUCUUCCAGCAGCUACAGGGCCCGGCGCCCGCCGUGUCGUCGUCGCCAUCAACGACGACGGCGACGGCGCCGGCUGCUGCUGGUAGCUGCGAUGAUGGCGGAGAGGAGGAGGAGGAGGAGGUGUGGACGGUCGACGUCGUCGCGGAGCUCAUCGGCGGCGAGGCCGAGCGCUCGCACUCGCCGCGGGCGGACUACCCCGGCCGCCUCCGGUCCGGCCGCCCCGCCGACCUCGCCGCCCGCGCCGACUCCGUCGCGUGGAUCCUGAAGGUGAGAGAGUUGUACGGUAUGCUUCCGGUGACGGCCUACCUCGCCGUCAGCUACAUGGACCGCUUCCUCUCCCUCCACCGUCUCCCGGGUAAUGGAUGGGCAAUGCAGCUGCUUGCAGUCACCUGCCUCUCCCUUGCCGCCAAGAUGGAGGAAACUCUAGUGCCAUCCAUCCUAGAUUUACAGAUGGAGGAUGCAAGAUACAUAUUUGAGCAUCGGACAAUUUUUCGGAUGGAGCUUCUAGUCCUUGAUGCGCUAGAUUGGAGGCUUCGAUCGAUAACACCCUUCACUUUCAUGUACUUGUUUGCUGACAAGGUCGAUCCAAAUGGCAAGCACAUCAGGGAAUUGAUCCAUCAAGCCACUCAAGUAACAUUAGCCACAAUUCAUGACACUGAGUUCUUGGAUCACUGCCCAUCAUCCAUCGCAGCAGCAGCAGUGCUAUGCGCCUCCAGUGAGAUCAUGCAACUUGUGUCCAUUGAUCAUGGAACUCUGGUUAGCUGGCGCAUUAUUGGCCUUGACGAGGAAGCAAUCAUCAGGUGCUACCGGCUAAUGCAGCAAUUGAUAUCUAGUAACAAUGUUGGGAGAGAAUCGACAGAGAUAACAAUGGCGACGACGACGACGACGGCGACAACUGCUGUGAGCUCAGAGGAGGUUGUGUCCUCUUCUCCCCCAUCAAAGAGGAGGAAGAUGUGACCAGGCACAUGACAGAAUUUGAUGCAACAUUGUUAAUUUUCAGUGAUUAUUCAGCAUUUGUGUUUGUGAUAUACAUAGGGGUCCUAGUUUAAUUAGCAGAGUUUGGUUUUGUGAUGUUAUGUUCCUGCAAUGUUUUUUUUUUUUUUUGGCCCUUCCUUUAACCUUCUUGUAGAUAGCCCUACUGGUACAGUUGAGUCAUCAUGCCAGUGGCUGCAGGUUCUGAACUGCCAGUCUGUGAAGGAAACAAAAUGAGAUAGAUUUGUGCUUGUCCAGUUGUCCUUGCUGGAUUGUAGUACUAGCAAUGUGUGCAGCAGGACAUGCUCUGAUUCACAGAAUAUUUACAUGGAUUGGUGAAUGAGGCCUUGUUUAGUUACAAACUUUUUCUUCAAACUUCCAACUUUUUCAUCAUAUCAAAACUUUCCUACACACAUAAACUUCUAACUUUUCCAUCACAUCGUUCCAAUUUCAACCAAACUUUUAAUUUUGGCGUGAUCUAGACACACCUGGAAAGGGCACUGGAGUGAGCUGAAAUUGAGCUGGUCAGGCAUAAAGUCAAGGCUUGGGGUCAGAUACUACAUUGUUGGCUACUCCCUGCCAAGAUCUGUUCAUGUUCAUCAGGGAAAGUCUGUCUGCUCCUGAUGAGUGAUGUGUAGUUUUUUUAUUAUUAUUUUUUUGGCUUGCUCCUGUGUGUUAUCAAGUGAAUCCAAACUUGAAAGGGGAAGCAUAAUGCCUGUACUGCGAAAGGCACAUGCAGCCAUAAGGCUUUGUCCAUCUCCUGCUGGCUCAUUGUGUAUUUAUGUGCAAACAAAGAUAUCAGGGCAUUUGGGGGACUUGCCAUAAUUUUUUGAUAUCUGUACUUUCUGUAUUGGUUA